GGCACUCCGAGGUUACUACAGCCACAAGUCUCAAUGCACACGUACAGAAUUCAUAGUCAACCACUGGGGGUUUCGACAACAUUUUCUCUACUGCGAACCAUAUACACCAUUCCCUUGGCAAGGUACAGGCGUUCUUCAGAUAUGAAGCCACCUGAUCUCGAAAACCACUAACGAUGACACCUUGAGAACAUGGUUGUCCGUACGUACGUAAAUAAUGGAUGCUGGUUCUCUGGUUGCCUCGUAGUUAUAAUGCUAACACUGCCUUCCAAGACCUUCACCGUGAGCAAUCUCUAUCUCAAUCGUCUGUCUGCUGACUAGAGAGGGGAUCGACUUCCAGUCGAUGAAUGGCCUUCCCACCGCAUCAGAUUAGACAUCCUUGUAUCCUUUCGUUUGGAGCUAUUUGCGGUACUUGUAUAGGCCACUUUAGCAAAAAGAAUACAGCACAGAGGCUUUCGAGAGCCGCUCUCGGCUGAAGGUGGCACUCAUGAGACGCUGCAGACUCUUCUGCCCCACGAAUGCUCCAAAUCCUAUUCGUAGUGGCUCAGAAAACUGCAAUCAACUUUCGAAGAUUGAUCCUCGGGUGCUCGAUACUUUCAGAAGGUGGCCUAUCACUCCGCAAAUAACUGUGAUCCGCAUCAUUCAUAUAGCACGCUUGGACAACGCAUAUAUAUUGGUAUGAUGCGUGGGUUAUGGAACUGAUAAAUGGGCAACAACCUUAUCCACUGCGUUCCUUCUUAUACCCUUCAUGAUUAUAUAGACCAGCAGCACUCUUCUGCAGAUCCGUUUCCUACAAAGAGAAACAUGUCGUCCCAGUCGCGAGUAUCUCAAAAUGGUGCAUACGCAGCUUUUUCUAACACCGACUCGCCGCCACCUAGAUCCCAGGCUCUUGCAUCACCUUCGCAACAAAGUCUCCAAACCCAUAAUAAAGGAAAGGAAGUCUUUCCUGACCAUGCCGAGGAGAGGGAAACGUCACCAAAAAUCCACCCUCUCAGUCUAGCUAUCCUCACAGCCUGGGUAGUCUUCAUAAUUGUUCUCCUGUGGCUACUGGAAAAGGCAGUAGCUGCUGGGCCAACUAGCGUUUCUCCACCAUGGAGCUUCACCGUUCUACCAGGUUUAUUUCUCACCGUCUUCGCGCAAGGCCAUUCUCCGAUAACCGCGAUGCAUCUUGCCCGUGUCGCUGUCUCGUCGCUGCAGUAUCCCAGUAGUGCCCCACGCACUUGGCGGGAACUCUUCUGGAUGGCUGAUCGCUCCUGGGCGGAGCCGGUUGGUAUCGCAUACACUGCUUAUCAAGGCUUGCGCUUGCGUGUUCGAACAUCGGUCACAUUCAUCCUCUUUUCGACGACUCGCGUAAUCGCACUUAUUACCCCAGUCAUCCUAACGAAGGCAUAUCCAAUGCGCAGCGUCGACGUUGUGCAGGAUAUCCAGAUUCGUCCGAGCACUAUGUCAUUCGAAAAGAUGGAGCAUGUGGAUGGUUAUCUGCAGGUUGGUGCUGGCAUGGGAUCCUGGGGAACGGCGUUGUUGAUUCUAGACGUCUAUAACACGAGCACCUUUACUCCUCCGGACGCUGUUCGUGAGGGCGACCCGGAAGACUUCUUCUUUGCGGGAGAUGUGAGGGAUGCAACGGCCGUUCUGCCAGGUCUACGACUUCAAGGGCGUUGCACGCCCAUAAACGCCAGCAGUCUUGACGUUUCCAACCCGCUUCCUUCGUUCCAAGAAUUUUGCCACAACAAGAUCCCAAACUUGCCUUGGGCUGGUGAUGGUAAUAUCGCCCCGGGUGACCUCAACGUUACGAUGCAUUUCUGCAACAACGAAUCGUGGGCCUCCCCAUUCCCUGACGAUAAAACCACAACAAUCCCCAAUAUUGGUUUCACGUACUACAACUAUUCGAGCACAGGAGGGUCUCCGCCAGGCAGCGCCCUGAUACAAUGCAACUCCAAAAUGACCACCGGUACGGCAGUCGUCUCUGGGACCAACCACACGUAUACCUCAUUUUCCGAGCAACCCUUGUUCAACGUCUCGGCGUCGACUGGAGGGGAACCGGUUCUUGAUCCUAUGUUUGCGAUGUUCUAUUAUUUAGCAGCAGCAGCAGAUGGCGCUGGUGACGUCGGGUCCAUGGUCAUGGACGCAAAAGCCCAGGGGCUAGAGUUCCAGGCGAGAACUGAUACCGGGGCCGAGGAGACUUUCCAAUCCCCAUCUCCCGAGGACAUUUCAGCGGCAUUAUGGCGAGCUACAUCACACGUAACCAGCGGGACUGCCAUUUUGUCCAGAAGCAAUGAUACUUCUUAUCCAGCGAAAGUUACAAGGACGGUGUCCGCUUACACGCGGCUGACCUCUUUCGCCGUUGGAGCAUAUAUUUUGCUAGCAGUUUGGCUCUUGUCGCUCUUGUGCAUCACUGCUUGGGCAUACAGGCCAACGUUCAGCGAUAGCUUGGACAGCUACACUGCAGGAAGACUGAUUUCGGAUCGGAUUGAUGUGGUGGCGGGCGAAGCAGUUGGGGAUGCUGACUCGAACAAUAAACUUGGAGCACGCUUCGAGCCGGUCAGGAAAGAUGGGACAAGUAGGUAUUGAGAAGUGGAAGUAUCCGACCAUUUGUACUAUUACCAGUCGUCUAUAACCCAAUAGUUCAUCCAUUAUCUGUAUUAUGUUAGGUGACUCCUUCAAAUUCAAGUCUGAGUCAGCACAAGUAGUAGUCGCACUCGUACUUGUUGCCAUGCGUAAAACCACCUUGUUCUAUUGUCCUA